AUGUAUCCCAGGAUUAAGUGCCUCGCGCUUUACGCCUUUUCGGUCACGCUGCUGGCGUGGGUUUUUUACCUGAAGAAGGAGGCAAAGUUGGCAGCGUCGUCAGCGGACCAGAAAGCGGAUGGGUGGAAUCACAAACCGAAGUCUUUGGUUCUGGACAACGCUGAACCCAGCGGGUGUUUGCCAAACUUGACCCUUGCCAAUUCUUCUCUCGCCCUCCCAGAGCUCCACCGUGUCUUCUUAACAUACAGGCACUGCCGGAAGCGGCGGGUGGCGAUCAGGAACACGUGGGGGAAGGAGGUCUCCAUCGGUGGCAAGCGCAUCAGGCUGGUAUUCCUGCUAGGGCGCUCGGAGGCCAAAAUCCAGGUACAGCCCUUGCACCAGCUGCUGGCUUACGAGAGCCAGGAGUUUGAUGACAUCUUGCAGUGGGAUUUUGUCGACAAAUUCUUCAACUUGACCCUCAAGGAGCUGCAUUUCCUCCGCUGGUUCAUGGAGGACUGCCUGCACACCAGGUUUGUGCUGAAGGGCGAUGAUGAUGUCUUUGUCAACACGUACAACAUUGUUGAAUUCCUCCAAGAACUGGACCCUGAACAGGAUCUUUUUGUUGGGGAUGUGAUCGCCAACGCCCGGCCCAUCAGGAACACCAAGGUCAAAUACUUUAUUCCAGAGUCCAUGUACAGAGCCCCCUUCUAUCCUCUCUAUGCAGGUGGAGGGGGCUAUGUGAUGUCUAGAGAGACAGUGCGCCGCCUCCAGAGCAGCGCAGAGAACACGGAGCUCUUCCCAAUAGACGAUGUCUUUGUGGGAAUGUGCCUGGCAAAGAUGGCAGUGACCCCAAAGAACCAUGCUGGCUUUAAGACUUUUGGGAUCCAGAGACCUUUCAAUCCUUUUGAUCCGUGCUUGUACAAAGAGCUGAUGAUUGUGCACAAACUAAACCCGACCGAGAUGUGGAUCAUGUGGACGCUGGUGAAGGAUGACAGCAUUCGGUGUGCGGUAUCGGUAACGCACAACUACAGAAGGGGUUGGAAAAGAGGCUACUGA